UGUAACUGGGGGUUCAGCCGGUUACCGAGAGUCUUUGCCUCCGAGCGAGCGCCGUCAGUAAACGGUGCAGCAGGGCAGCGCACGCGUGCUCUGACAGUGCGCGUGACGGCACAUGUGAAUAACUUUACCCGUGAGUGAGCGGGAGAGCCAGCGGUCAGUUCACCUCAUUCAGCCAAUGUAGCAGCGUAGCGCACGGGACCGGAUAAAGUCUGAGAGGAAACGGCGACGAGCGGAGGCCAGACCGGGAAAAGGAGCGCCUAUGACAGCCUCCCUGGUUCUAAACCCUCGCUGGCCAGGGGACACGGUGAUGUUUGUGUAUGACAACAACUUGGACGACCUGAACAAGAACAUGGAGGGGCUGGUGGGCAGCGGCAACUUCGCUGCCAGUCAGUGCCGCAACAUCAUGGCGCACUCGGCGGCAGCCGCUGCUUUGGGCGGCCACCCGUCCGGCCUGGUGCACUCUUCGGCUGGCUACUCCACAGUGGACGUGUCCGCUUCAGGCUCCGGCGAGACAGGCGCGUCCUCGGGGAAGCAGUGCGCGGCCGGGCCUUGUCCGGCGGCAGCCGUGCCGCACCAGAGCUCCUCGGCUGCCACCGCGUUACCGUACAGCUACUUUGGUAACGGCUACUACCCGUGCAGGAUGGGGCGGGGUUCUCUGAAGUCGUGCACCCAGGCGGCCGGAGCCGCGCUCAGCUCGCAGUACAUGGACACUACGGUGAACUCUGACGAAUACUCGAACCACCGAGCCAAAGAGUUCGCCUUUUACCACGGCUACCCCAGCCCAUACCAAUCCAUGGCCAGCUACCUGGACGUGUCGGUGGUCCAAACGCUAGGAGCCGGGGAGCCGCGCCAUGACACCCUGCUCCCCAUGGACAGCUACCAGCCCUGGGCUCUCACCAACGGCUGGGGGGGACAGAUGUACUGCUCCAAGGACCAGGGACAGGCCGGACACCUCUGGAAGUCCGCUCUGGCUGAUGUGGUGGCCCACCAGCACGACGGCUCGCCUUUCCGCCGGGGAAGGAAGAAGCGGAUACCGUACACCAAGGUCCAGCUCAAAGAACUGGAGAAAGAGUACGCGGCCAACAAAUUCAUCACCAAGGACAAGAGGAGGAAGAUCUCCGCCGCCACCAACCUGUCGGAGCGACAGAUCACCAUCUGGUUCCAGAACCGGAGGGUGAAGGAGAAGAAGUUCGUGGCCAAAGUGAAGACCAGCGCGCCGUAGCACACACGUCCCUUCGCUUUGGACGAUUUAGUGGAGGAACUGUGUGUGUGUUUGCGUGUUAUACAUCAAGAAUGAACACAGAGAAAUGACAAAAAAAAGAAAGAAAAGAAACUCAACGUGGUACUCCAGGCGGACUGGGACUGUGCGUAACCGUGUGCGUCCACAAAUGGAAGAAAAAGACGAAUAAAAAAAAGGACAUAAAGGACAAAAUAAGACGAAAGAAAAGAACCAAAGCCCUCUGAUAAACCGUCUCCUCAGAGGCAUCCUGUAAAUACAGCACCUUCCUGCCUGCUUUGAUGUAACUGUCUGUCUACUGUCUGUGUGUUACUGUUUGUCACUGUUGUCCGUGCCCAUGAUAUAGCCGAAAACACACUAUUAUGCUGUUCAUAUUGUUUAUAACGCCUGUAAACCAGUAAUCAAAGUAUAGUGCAACACUUAAUAAAUUCUUUUAAUCCUGA